AGCUGUUUGAUGACACCAGCGUCAGGAGUUCGUGACGUCAGCCCUCGUGAAGUAGAGGUCCACCCAUCAGUUGGACAACAGACACGAGAGUUGGGUUGUUGUCUCUCCACAGUCGUGUGUUUCCAUUCGUGUCACAAUGUUUACAGUUAAAAGCGCUCCAGUUAUUGUUUUUACCAUCAUUUUCUGUGUCACUGUGACCACAGAGGCGCAGACAUCGACCCCUGAUCCAGCUCCGGCUUCUUGUGCCUUGAGGUCCAACACCAGUUGUAAUGAAUGUCUGCAGAAUGUGACAUGUUUGUGGUGUAUACCAACCAAACAAUGCAUCGACUACCCGGUGAGGAACAUCCUGCCCCGCAAGAGUUUGUGUCCAUUAAACGAUGCACGAUGGGGGCUGUGUUGGGUAAACUUCCAGAUUUUGAUUAUCACCAUGUCCGUGCUGGCCGGCAUCGUCUUCAUCGCCAUUCUUGUUUGCUGCUGCUGCUGCUGCAAGUGUGAAAGAAUUGGAAACAAGAGACAAGAUGCAGAGGUAGAGCGACAAACCCGUGCGAGGAAGUCCCGUCAAAAAGUGAAGAGAAAAGAAAUGCAGCUGAGGCAUGAUGAAAUCAGGCAGAAAUAUGGUCUGGCCAAGGAUAACCCAUACUCUCGUAUGGACACUAAUUAAGAAGAACCCCAGCGAUGAUUUCCUCUAAAAAAAAUGCCUUUUGAUGAUCUUAUUGAUGCCAGUAACAUUAAGAUACAGCUUAUCAUUGGGAUAGGCUGUACAAGUAGCAUGUGAUAAACUGUGAUUAUCUGAUUUGAUUUUAUUGUUUCAGUGCUUUCAAAAAAAAAAAAAAAUGUCACCAAGAUGUUCUGAAAUCAUUUUGACUGAGUGUGCACUAUAUUUCAAACAUGGUCUCAUAUGUUAUUUCAUAAUUGUAUAAAUUUUUGUGGAGAUAUUAGUUUUACAUUUCUCAUGCAUUAAUUUUAAUGCAAAUCACUUGAGUAAAAUCUACUCAGUUAACCUGUAAUGGAAACUAGAUGUAAGGGCAAACCUGUCAAAACAUGUUAUCCACCAUGACAUGCAAACACUCCUACAUGAAUUAAUUCUGCAUGAAAUGCAGUACUGUAAAAGUUCUGCAUCUCCACAGCAGAUCAGUGUUUGUGUUGCUUCUUUUAUAACCAGCUGUUUUGUUUUCAUACUGUGUUUGAAACACACACCAUUUUACCGAUGUCUAUAUUACAACAUUUAUUUUUAUAUCAAAAGUUCAUUUGUAACAUGCAUGUAACACAUUUUUACAUGGUUAAUAAAUGUCUGUAUUGUUCCAGAACAUUCUUUUUCUUUAAGAGCAGAGUUGUGGGAUCUUGGAUUACAUAAUUACAUAAUUACAUUAUUAUGUGAAGUGUUUUUGUGCACAAG